AUGGUAGGUGAAUUAAACAUGUUCUUAGGUCUUCAAAUUAAGCAAUUUGAUAGUGGUUUGUUUGUAUCACAAUCAACAUAUGCAAAGAACAUGCUUAAACGUUUCAAUCUUGAAAGUGCAAAAUAUGCUAAAACACCUAUGAGCUCUAUCUUAAAACUGUCUAAAGAUGUGAAUGGGAAGAAGGUAGAUAACAAAUUGUUUAGAAGCAUGAUAUGUAGCAUGUUGUAUUUAACUGCAAGUAAGCCUGACUUGUGCUUCAGUGUAGGUGUUUGUGCAAGAUUUCAAGCUAAUCCUAUUGAACUUCAUCUUACUGUCUUGAAGAGAAUCAUGAAACAUGUUUCAGGAACAACUGACUUUGGAUUAUGGUUUGCAUUCGAUACUAAUUCUAUCUUGGUUGGAAGCUUGGACAACAAGAAAAGUACUUCUGGAUGA